GAGAGAGAGAGCGUGCGCGCGAGAAAAGCCGGUUGAUAGAUAGAUAGUUCGAUAGAGUAUAAUGAACAGAAGAAAAAGUGAAAAGUCUCAGAGCUUUCAACGUUCACGCCCCCGGGCCGGCGAUACGGUAGACGAGCGUAACACAGGAUAUCAUCUACCCUUCUCUUCGACACCCUAAAACGACGACGACGACGAAGACGAAACCCUGACAGAUCUCUGUACAGUUGAUGGAAUCGAUAUAAAAAUCAGUCAGGCGUCAACGUUACGCCAAGUCAAUUCGAGAGGUGUUAUAAGAGAACCACUUGAAGAUCGUAGAACGGUAAUACAUGGAAUUGGUUCGUCACGACUACAAUGAAGUAGAAUUUGACAAUUUUGUAUAGUAAAAUCUUAAGCAUUUAUUACGUCGGUUCCACUUACUGUACACAUGUGAUAUGCAACGCGACGAUGAAUCCCCCGUCCUACGUUUUUCUAUCUUUUCUCUUUAGUAAAUUCUGUGAAUGCGGUAUCGCUCGCCUAGCCGGCCGACGUUGAGAACUCUUCGACGAUGUCUUGGCGUCGAUCGCGACAGUCAAUCAAAGAACAGAAAAGACGGGAAGUGUUCCGUCAUCCAUCGAUCGAUGUUUUCUAUUUCGGUAUUGCGACAGAGGAGAGAAACGAAAUGAGUAACCAGGCGACGAUUAAAUUAAAUGCCAUACACUCGGACACAUUUACACAUUUACACUCGUAAGACGUAACCGCCGUGGCCUAUACUAGUACACUCUCGAUACACGCGUACACGUUUACAUAGCACUCGCAUACUUCGUUGUAUUCUACAUACAUGAACGCAUACACAUAUGUACACAUACGCAUCGGGACAGAGAAGUAGAACAGAGGAGAGUUGUAAGGUCGAUAUGGUGCUAGGACGAUCACACACCCUGGUGCUUCAAUUUCUGUAUCCACAGAGCCAUGCGCGUAAAACAAUUCGCACGGAUCGCCAGCAGUCUUCGUCGAGGGGUCUUAGAGAUACGUCCUGACGUCGUGAACAGGAUACACCGUGAUCGAACAUAUUUCCCCCCCCCCGCUCCCCUCUUCCUCACUCCCUCUCUCCCUCGCUCCCUCCCUUCCUCGUCCGCGGGUACCCGAGUACCCGAAGGGACGUUAGCAGUUAGUCGUCGAGCACGUUCCCGGAGAUUCGCGGACCCGACCCGGGGUCGUUACGAGAUUAUGGGGAACGUCGGAGUUGUGAUCCAUGGACGGAAAUAUGUUGGAGCUAACGCGUUCUGUGUUUUGGCGCACGAUGCUAACAAAUGUACCUGCAUUUUAGAGAUCGGGAUUACAAAUCGGUCGGCCGUUGGCGUCGUCGCGCGUCGGGCCACUGCGCGCCACUGAUCUCCCGUUAAAUAAUUAAAUGUACCAUAAUACUAUUGUAAAAUAGAGGAGUGGCCGACGGGCAGAGCAAGAGGCCGACCAAAAAUGAUCACUCGCGUAGGGUGUGGGCAACGGUGAGAUUAUUAAGGAAGAAAGAAAAAAAGAAAACUAAAGAUAAAAAUUCGACGAGACGCAUCUCGCGAAGAGGUGAAACGGCGAUCCGAGCGCGAUCUCGUCCUCAACGUCCAUUUAACUGAACCCAAGCGAGCAGCUAUACUUAAAUUGAAAUUAAGCGUUUUAAAAGCGAGUCUAACGAACGAUAUUAAAGCGAUAUAAAUAAUUUAUAAAUCGACUGAUUACUUAUGCGCGAGCGAGAGAGAGAGAGAGAGAGAGAGAGAGAUUGAGAUAGCGAUAGAGGAAGAGGAAGGAAUACUGUAAAACGUUUCGCGACAGAGGUUGAUUUAAAACUGUAAUUAAUUCAAUGUUAAGCCGAUACAUUCGAUACGUACCUACACGCGAGACACACUUGUAUACAGAGAACACGUUUGUACAUGAAGAUACACUAGAUAACUUCGAUGUAUAUUGAUAUACACUACGUGCUAAGUCUAAUAAUUGUUAAAGCGAAUUGUUAAAAACGAAAUCUCGGCGAUUUUCAAUCUUCCGUUCACCUUCUGUCACUCUUUCAAUUUCACGGUACUAACAACAGUUCUCCGGUACGUCGCAUCGUCGUCCUUCCCGUAUCCGGUUCCUCGCAAGAGUCAUUUCCUAAUUUUCGCUACGCCUCUAUCAUCUCCCCCGUUCCUCUUCUUGUUCUUUCUCAUUUCGUACAAAACAACGAGCAAUAUUACUUUAACGAUGCGGAGGAUCUAAGAAAAGACGAACGCGUCGAACUCCGAUGAUCCGCGAACCUUAAACAUGAGCGAACAUUUUUCUACACCUUGAGUGUCACGUCGUAACCGAUUUAAAAAGAAGUCUAGUUUUUGUAUAUCCUCAAACCAACGUACAGAGCAUCAUCGGCAUAAAAUCAUUUAUGGAUCGAGCGCGAACACUCGGAAGCGAAGAAGAAUGUUGUCAUGUUCGAUAGGCCCGCGGUCAUUAGGUAUCUCUGCUACGGAUUCAGUUUACGCGCGGAGGUGUGUUCGGACACGAAGUACGUUCAUACAUAGUGUCACAGAACACACGACGCGAUCGAGCUCAGCGUGCGAGAUUCUAACGAGAAGUACACGCGCUCGAUGCCAACGUGCGCGUAGCGAUUUAGGAAACGUCGUUCUCUCGCAACGACGACGGCAAACACCCACGCGAGCAUCCACGGGACGCGCCGGCGUAAGUUAGAUUGUUCAAAAAUUCGUCCAUCGCGUUGGAGCGUCUCGCGGGUGCAUCGACGGCGAUCGCAGGACAUGCUAAAUUUAGUUUAUUUUCGAAUGCCUGAUGACAGAUAAUUGGUAGACGGUCCUGUACGUUCGGUGUCGUGGAACUUUGCGUUCAGAAACGUGCGAGAGGACGACGGACCGGGUUCCCGACGUGGCCGCGUGUGCUUCGACGUUGCGCGCGUUCAGACACGCGAAAGCGAAGAAGACGACGCUCGGGCGGACGGGGGGAUGGGGUUUUGUGUGCUACGGACACUUCUACGGGGAUUAUUAAGCGAGAGACGGAGGAUGGGUUAAAACGAGAAUAUACGUUGUAAAUAGUAUAAAUAGAACGCGCAGAAGUACGUUUAAGCGGAAAUAAAAAGAUGAUAUAAUAGAUAUAAUGUGGAGAAAAUAUACAUAUAAGAUAUUAUUAUAUAUUAUAUAUAAACAAGAAGUAUAUAUAUAAGAUUAUUAUAUAUAUUUACCGUGGUAAGUGAUAUAAAUGAGAGGCGGUGACACGGGGACUCGCGGGAACCUCGUCGAGCAUCGUUUCGGAUGACGCGUUCCACCCGCCGAUCGCUCACGGAUGGCCCACGUGAUACUCACUUCGCGCAUCCCGGAGGAUAUCGCGUCCCCCUUUCGCGCGAUCAGCUGACCGGACCGUUCAUCCGUUUUCCAUAAAACGUUCUUCCAGAUCGUUUUUACUUACCGAACGUAGAUAUCGAUGCAAUUGUUGCGCGUAUACAGAUCUAUUUUACUUCUUCAGACCCGACCGGUCAGCCGCGUAUGUGACACGAUAGCCUCGGCAACUGCGCGUUUAACUCUCCGUCGAUGAAAUUCUAAUUCGGGUCAAAGCGUGUAAAACGUUUUUUAAAAUGCAAUUGCCUUUUCUUUUAAUAAUUGUCAUACGUCGACUCGUCGCGAGAAAAUUAAAAGUUCGAUCGUACUCUUUCAACGAAUCCGCACAAGUUGUGAACGUAACUAUUUGAUGUAAUAAAUGAAUGGAAAUUUUCUAAAGAAUUGGGUCGUCGCGAGGACCUACGAUUAAGUUCCUAUUUGCACGACGCGUAAUCGAGAAUCAGAUCUCGGGUUGAAAGAACAGUCAAUGAAUCCGGCGUGGGCCAUCCGGGGAAUGCAACGACGAUCGGGGUCGAAGAGAGGACGUGGGGCGGGUGGUCGAGAGUCGGUUAGUUAGAUCGGGAACGAUUGUCCUGAGGAUUUACGGGAGUCCCGUGGUGACCGCGAACCUAGAACAGGCGGGAGGAACACACGAACAUUGUACAUUGUAAAUAGUAGCGCGGAGAAGACGGUUAACAGGAAGAUAGAGAGUUAAUUAAUUAAAAGAAACAAAAAAGAUGAUGCGAGAGAGAGAGAGAAUGAGUGGCGAGCGACAGGGAACAAGUGCGCGAGAGAGCGAGUAAAAGGGGUGGAGAGAAAACAAUGAAGAAAAGUUUGCAUCGAAAUCGCGCCAGACGCGUGAAGCGAAUACGCGUUCCGCGAGGGAUGACGUCGUUUCUACGAAUAGGAAGAAGACGCAAUACCAUUUUCUGUACAAUCGGAUGCGAUUUCAUCUUGAAAUUAAUUAGCCGCUGUUAAUUGUCUGGACUCGAUGUGGCCCCGAUGGGACGCGUUCGCCAUGCGUGCGGCGAUUUUAAUAGAACUAGGACAAAUUUUAAGAUGCACACGAAUUGUAUCUAUGAAACGCGUUGCCGAUCACUCGACCGUGGCCAAGUAUCGUGUCGCGUCCGAAGCCAUGAAACGCAAACGAACAAUCGUCGAACGUUUGAGGAAAAAAGAAAGAGUUAAUAAAGAGGGGCAAGACAAAGAAAUUAAUAUAAUCAUUUCAAUCGAAAAUGCGAUUCGUCUCACUACGCGCUUGCCACUAGCAUAGAAAAAGAGCAUUACGAAAGGAAUAAAAUUAAAGACGCACGAAUUGCAAUUACUCUAGUCCUAAGUGGUCGACGUUAUGCACGAUACGAAACUGCGCGACUCGAGUGGUCGGACGCGUCGUCGUCAUUUCAUUUUCUUCGUUCAUUUCUCGAAUCUUUGUUUGAACUAAAAAAUGUUGUGACGUUGUAUCGGGUACCGUUCCAUCAAAAUUUCAAUCAGCAGCAACACGACAAACGCGAAACGGCAAAUGCAGCGCUAAAAGAUUAUUAACCUGAAGAGAAUAACGCACGACAUGGUCGACAGCAACAACAACAACAACAACAACAAUAAAAAC